GAUUACUUGGCAAACAGAUCUGGCAGAAAGAUUUUCGAGAAAGACAAGUGCCCAUACGAGUCCUCACCGGCGCAAUUUGAGCAACAGUCUCCUUUUGCGACGUUACCAAAUUAGUUACGCAAGGGACGUUCUGAGUAAAAUAGCUGUUUCUGGCUUCUGGCAGCCGUAAUGGCUAAAACCCUAGUGGUAUUUUUAUGUGGAUUGGCGCUGGCAAGUUGCGCCUCAGUGAGGAACAAAAGAGCAGGAGCCUGGGUCGAAUAUGACAAUAAAGAAUAUUUAUACGUAAGUACCCCUAAAACUUUUGAUGAUGCCCGCCGUGACUGUCUCGUCAAGGGAGGCGACCUCCUCGUUCCGGAUAGUGCCGCAGAAAACAACUUCAUCUUGGGAAAGAAAUGGGGCGUGGCCUGGAUGGCGGUGACUGACAGAAGGGCGGAGAAAACGUGGCUUACUGCAGCAGGGAAAGCUCUGAAAUAUACCAAUUGGAGCCCUGGAGAGCCCAAUGACAAGGACAGUGAUGAAGACUGCGCAGAGUUCUUGACCAACGGAAAAUGGAACGACAGGCCGUGUCACACGUAUAAAAUCCCGUACAUCUGCGAGAAAGAAGGUUGUGGUGGAAAUCCGGCGGAUGUCGUGUUCGUUCUCGACGCAUCCGGUAGCGUCGGAGCAGCCAACUUCCAAACCAUGCUGGCUUUCAUCAAGAAAUUUACAUCCAGCUUUGACAUUGGACCCACGCAAACGCAGGUCGGAGUGGUGACCUACGCCACAAAUGUGGUUCCAAACUUUCAACUGAAUACUCACAAGUCCAAGACGACAUUAGACCCUGCCAUCUCUGCCAUUAAGUAUACAAGUGGGGGUACCGACACGGCUAAAGGCAUCAACUAUAUGACAAACACGAUGUUCACAGCGGCCAACGGCGCAAGGAAAAACGCCGUCAAAAUCGGAAUUGUUAUGACAGACGGUUCGUCCAACGAUAAAACAGCGACUCUGCAAGCCGCAGCUGCUGCCCGCGCAAAGGGCAUCUCUAUGUUCGCCAUUGGCAUCGGAAGUGGUAUUGGCCAGGCUGAACUGAACGGCAUUGGCAGUGACCCGGACAAGGACUUCGUGUUUGUUGUCAAUAACUUUGCUGUUCUGGACAAUAUUAAGGCGAUUCUGAAGAAGAAAACUUGUGAAGUUCCAAAGCCACCUCCAAUCGAUGGUGGAUGGUCUGGUUACGGCAGCUGGAGCCAGUGCUCCGUGACGUGUGGUUCAGGAACACAAUUCCAGGAGAGAACAUGUACCAAUCCCGCCCCAGCCUUCGGUGGAAAAUACUGCACGGGUUCUGACAGACAGACCAAAGUCUGUAAGGCGUCAGCCUCGUGUGCAGUUGAUGGGAAGUGGUCGGCAUUUGGUGCCUGGAGUAAGUGCCCUGUGACUUGUGGUGGAGGUAAGAUAUUUAGAGAACGCCAGUGCAACAAUCCAGCACCGAAAAAUGGAGGCAAAAACUGUGUCGGAGCCGCAAGGGAGACCAAAGAUUGCGCCACUGCACCAUGUCCAGUACACGGCAAAUGGAGCGCGUACGGCGCGUGGAGCACGUGCAGCAAGUCGUGCGGAGGAGGUACCCAGUAUAGAGACAGAGCAUGCAAUAACCCGGCCCCUCUCCACGGUGGAAACAACUGUGUGGGCGCUGCCAGAGAGACGAGAGUUUGUAACACCCAGAAAUGCAAGACAUGCGGAUUUGAGGCGGACAUUACCUUCGUAAUUGACGCCUCUGGCAGCGUGCAGGCAGCCAACUUUGAGAAGAUGAAGGAUUUCAUAAAGCAGGUGGCCAGUGAAUGGGAAGUAGGACCACAACACGUGCGGAUCGGCGUAGUCAAAUUCUCCAGUAACGCUAUCCAGGAGUUCCACAUGGACAGAUACAACACGGAGACCGAUGUCGUCAACGCCGUCUCGAAGAUCUCUUACACCAAGGGCGGAACCAACACCGCUCUUGCCCUGAAGCUUGCCCGCGAGCAGAGCUUUGCCACCGCUCACGUUCGCCCUGGUGUUCCCCACAUCGCCAUAGUAAUGACAGAUGGACGCAGUGGCAAUGCAGCAGCGACAGCCAAUGAGGCCAAGGCUCUUAUUAAGGCCGGGGUGACUGUGUUCGCGAUUGGUAUUGGUCCGAAUAUUCAAACGUCAGAGUUGAAUGCCAUCGCCAGUGAUCCGGACAGUGACUACGUCAUCAAGGUGGCCGGAUUUGACGGACUUCAGGCUCUGCAGGUGCAGCUUGCGGCUAAAGCCUGCGCAGUGACCACUACUCCCGCCCCUCCUACCACAACUCAAAUCGUGACUGUUCCACCAACCUUUGCCCCAAGUGCUUGUGGAGCCCAGGCCGACAUCAUCUUCGUUUUGGACUCAUCCGGAAGUGUCGGGGCUGCAAACUUCAAGAAACAGCUCGCCUUCGUCCAUGACGUUGUUAGCCAGUUUGAUAUCGCUCCUGACAAGAUCAGAGUCGGCGUCCUUCGCUUCCAUACCUCAGUCUUUGAGGAGUUCCCUCUUAAUAAAUACACCGACAAGGCAGCCUUGCUCCGAGCUAUAGACGCCAUUAAGUACACCCCGGGUGGAACUGAAACACACAAAGCCAUCAAGUACUUGCGGGAAAAUGCCUUUACUGCAGCCAAGGGAGACCGCCCUAAUGUGGUCAACAUUGGUGUUGUGAUGACCGAUGGUCAGUCCUACAGACCCGCAACCACCGCCUCGGAGUCCGCCGCCGCCAGGGCUGCCAAGAUCACUAUGAUGGCGGUUGGUAUAGGCAGCGGUGUGAGACAGUCAGAACUGAACGCUAUUGCGUCCGACCCGGACAGCCAGCACGCGUUCUCCGUGCAGAACUUUGACGCCCUGAAGAAUAUGGGGAAUUUGUUCACCCAGAAGACGUGCGCUGUUGCCCCCACCGCGGUUGCUGUGACGCCAACAACCCCCUCAAAUUGUGGUAGCCUUGCAGACAUCGUAUUUGUUCUCGAUUCCUCGGGCAGUGUCGGGGCCGCGAACUUCGAGAAGGUCAAGGACUUUGUCAAGGACAUUGUCAACGAUCUUGACAUUGGCGCCAACAGCGUGCGUGUUGGCGUUGUCAAAUUCCACAGUCGUCCAUACAGCGAGUUCCAUCUGAAUAAGUACUACGACAAGAAAGCCCUGGCGAACGCAGUGGACGGUAUUAAGUAUACCCGAGGCGGCACCAUCACCUCUGAGGGUAUAAAGAUGAUGACAGACUUGGCUUUCAAGCCCGCCAACGGAGAUAGACCAAAUGUUCAGAAUAUUGGAAUAGUCAUUACCGACGGAAAAUCCAACAACGGGCGUAAGUUCUCCAAAGAUGCUGCUGACGCUGCAAGAAAGGCUGGAAUAGAGGUGUUUGCUAUCGGUGUUGGAAGCGGCGUCGACCAGAACGAGUUAAAGGAUAUUGGUAACGAUCCUGACAAGGAUUACGUGUUCACUGUUGGCAACUUCGAUGCUUUGAAAUCCAUUAAGAGCCAGCUUACGGUACAGACUUGCAAAGUAAUUCCUACUGGAACGAUAGUGCCACCUACAGUUCCAACCGCAGGACCGGAUCCUUGCAGAGAUGUCAUAGACUGCGAGUCGUACGGUAAAUCCAUGUGCACCAACUACCCAGAAUUCGCCAAUGGCAACUGCCAGAGAUACUGCGGCAUAUGCACACCGCAAGUGACCGUCACCCCCGCCCCAGAGGUGUGCAAGGACACUCAGGACUGCCGAGGCUACAACAUCGACGACUGUAAAACGUACGAGGGCUUCAUGAAGACCAACUGCAAGAGCUUCUGUGGUUUCUGCUCCACCAAUACGAUCACGGGCGGCUAUUUCGGCAAGUGUUUCUACAAGGGCCAGACGUACAGCCAAGGAGACAAGUGGUCUGAUGGUUGUGAAUACGAGUGUGAAUGUAUAGACGGCGCAGGCGCAAAGUACCAGUGCUACAACAAAUGUCCUAUCUACUCCAACCUGCCGUCCCAGUGUACACUGACCCGAGUACCUGGCCAGUGCUGUAUGCAGCCUGUGUGUAACUGGGGAACCACCUUUGGGACGUUCACUGGGACCGGAGUCGGCACCCUGAACGGAAUAGACGUGUGCGUCUACAAAGGCACGAAGUACUACCAAGGCAAGCUGUGGCAGGACGGCUGUGACUCUCAGUGUCAGUGCAUUGACGCCAAGACAGGGUACUACGAGUGCCAAGAUUUGUGCCCGACCUACACCAACCUUCCAUCCCAGUGUAAGAUGGAGGCUGUUCCCGGGCAGUGCUGUGCUGAACCCCGCUGUAACUGGCAGACCAACUACGGGUCCUUCACCGGUAUCGGCGCUGUUACCGGGACAUCAGCAGGUCAAGUCCCCACCACUCCCCCACCAUGUGUUGAUAAAAUCCCUAACUGUAACGAGUUCGCCAUCCCGUGGGCAUGUGGAGAGUACAAGAGCUGGGCGGAGAACUCCUGUAGGAAGUCGUGUAAUCUCUGUACCGGCACAGCUACACCAGGACCUGACGACUUCUGCCUGUACAAGGGACAGAAGUACCAGCAUGGCGCCAGCUGGAAUGACGGCUGUGACACCAAAUGUACCUGUGAGAAUGCCGUGGUUGGGUUUUACAGAUGCGAAAACCUGUGCCCGUCUUACCCGGUCCUCCCUGCCGGUUGCCAGCUGACUACUGUGCCCAACGAGUGCUGUCAGCAGGUCCGCUGUAGUAACGGAAACUUCAUUGGUUCCAACACCGGCAACGGUGUCUUUACUGGUACAGGCGUGGUACAACCUGGUACGGGUGGUACUGGAACUGGUGGUACUGGUACAGCCAACAAACUGACUGGCUGUUUCUACAAGGGUCAGUAUUAUUUGGAAGGACAGAAGUGGAACGACGGCUGCUCAUACAACUGUAUCUGUGAGGAUGGCGCCACAGGACAAUACAAAUGCCUGGAAAGGUGCCCGAAGUUUGAGAACCUUCCUCCCCAGUGUAAACUAGCCGAAGAUCCCAAUGACCUGUGCUGUCAGUACCCCUCUUGUGUAUGGACCGGGGGUGGCACCACCUUCACCGGUAUUGGGGGCGUUAGUGGCUACAUUCCAGUACCUAUCUUUGGACCUGCUAUAAUUGGUAUUGGAACCCCUACUAACCCAGGUGGUAUCACGGGCGGCACAGGGACUGGAACUACGGGAACUGGAACUACUGGGACAGGAACAGGCAAGUGUGUUUUUAAAGGCAAGCAAUACUCAGAGGGCCAGACAUGGAGAGACGGAUGUGACCUGAGCUGCACAUGCGUACACGGUGCCAGUGGCUCGUACCGGUGCUCAGAUAUUUGUCCUACCAUCCCUAACCUACCACCCCAGUGUACCCUGGUCACGGAUCCCAAGGAGGCCUGCUGUAAGAUACCCCAGUGCAGCGGGACUGGCAGCGUGGCGACCACUGUCCAGCCAAGACCACAGAGUGGAGAUUACUGCUACUACAAGGGCCGCUAUUACCAGCAAGGACAAACCUGGGAUGACGGUUGCGCCAGUAGAUGUCGCUGUGAAGACGCACAGGCCGGGUUCUACAGCUGCAGCAACAGGUGCCCCACGUAUCCCAGCAUUCCAUACUGGUGCCGGUUGGUGACGGAUCCCAAGGACAGCUGCUGCAGAGUGCCGUCAUGUAACCCCGAUUUGAUCUCAGGGGGCGCGUCCGGAUCGGGGCAGAUUAUUCCAUCAAUCCCUGGUGUGAUCACCGGAACCGGAACUGCCACUGGGGCAGGGUCAGGUGGUAACAUAGGUUACUGUAUGUAUGGUGGCAAUAAGUAUUACCAGUACCAGAUAUGGCAGGACGGCUGCGACUACAACUGCGAGUGUGUGGACAGUAACACCGGAAGUUACACAUGUCAACAAAAAUGUUCACGCUACGCAAACUUGCCAUCUGAAUGCAAACUCAUCCAGGAUCCCAAAGAUCAAUGUUGCCAGAUUCCUCAGUGUGAUUUCAGCAGUAGAACGACACAGGCGGUGGUCACCGGGACAGGAUAUUCGUGCACAUUCAACGGUGUCCGCUACAAUCCCGGACAGUCCUGGGACGUCGGCUGCCAGUACCGCUGCACGUGUGAGAAUGGUUUCUAUAAAUGCCAACAAAGGUGUUCUCAGUACGCGAGCCUGCCCGCCCAGUGUCGACUGGAACCAGAUCCAUCAGACACCUGCUGUAUGCUGCCCACAUGUGACUGGUCAGGUGGCACCCAGAUCACGGCCACUGUGGCCACUAUCACAGGUGUAAACCCGGCGCAGGGAGGAAACACUGGCGGAGUCACUGGAGUUGGAGGCAGCGUCCCUGUUGGAACCGUCAGUACCUUUGUCGGCAUCGGCUCCUUCCCACCGGGCUACACCGGGUCCAGAAACGGCUGCUUCUAUAAAGGCACUCUCCAUGCCACCGGAUCUUCAUGGGCCGACGGAUGUGACUUCGACUGUCAGUGUAUCGACGGUACCGUCGGCAUGUAUCAGUGCAGGAACAAGUGUCCUCAGUAUCCAAAUCUUCCAAACACGUGCUCACUUGUGACGUCACCAGGACAGUGCUGUAAAGUAGUGCAAUGUAGUAACACCGGCGUGGGAGGGGGAACCACUGCUAACCCGGGAACAGGAACCGGAACAGGACCUGGAACAUGUCGGGACAAGCUUCCAAACUGUAACAACUACCCCCAGUCCGCGUGCGAGGGUAUCUACCAGCCUUGGGCACGAGACAACUGCGCCAACCGUUGUAACCUUUGUGGCAGUACUGGCGGUUCUACUGGAGGAACCGGUACUGGUACUGGAACCGGUGGAAGCAGUGCCAACGGCACCAUUGCCGUCAUCACUGGGAACAAUGGACCUGUAAUUAGUGAGACAACCAACAAAUGCCUGUAUAAGGGUAAGUUGUACAACAAGGAUGAGGUUUGGUAUGAUGGCUGCGACUACAGGUGUUCGUGUGGUUCCGCCGGCAAAUAUACCUGUUAUAAGAGGUGCCCUACAUGGCAGCUUCCAUCAGCAUGUAGUCUCCAGGCUCCGGAGUUUGGCAAGUGUUGUUCUAAACCGGUCUGCCCGGCAGGAUACACCAUCCAAUACCCAGACGGCUAUGUUGACCAAUAGGCACACAGCACGUGCACGGAAACUGCCGAUAACUGCCGAAACGAUACGUACUUAGAAAACUUCACCACGAUAUAGCAGACAAACAUUUUUUAUUGUUAACUUUUAAUCUACCUCUGAUUCAUUUCAUUAUUUGCACCGUUAGGAUGAAGGUGGUUAAAUUGAUCAAUGAUCAGCGCUCUUAAUGACGGGCAAUUUUGAAGAGUUCUUGUCAAGUCCAUUGACAUGAGUAUUGAUGACAAUAUGGAUAUAUUCGAACAAUGCUAAUGUAACAAACAGGUGACUUUUUUAUUUGUUAUUGUUUUUUAAUGUAAUUGUGAUUCUGAUGUUACUGAUUUGAAGAACAACUGCUUCUAAACAAAUAGACGAAGUGCAUGGAAUGAAUGCUGAAUUGAAAUUAUGAAUAAAGAUGUUGCAAAUAAAGAAAGAGACUUUGUU